CACAUCACUGAUGCUGGUUCCUGACCCCUGAAAUGGAGGAAAAUAUGAGUACCUGCCUCUAAGAAAUCCUAGAAAACAGAAAACAACCAGAAGAUGUCUUGUUGAGAAAGACCUCCUUCAACUUGACCAUGAGUCAAAUGAGGAAGAAAAGUUCCUCAGAUGGAGAAACCAAACCCCGGAUGUCAUUUGUCAACAAAUUCCUCAGGGGCUCAAAACUCAGGUCCUCCGAAGCGGAAAACAGAAACGAGAGCAAUGACCUUAAAACAGCUGAUUCCCAGCCCAGCGAUGAGACACAGAAGACUGCCACUUUAGACACUGCCACGCCUCUCGCUUCAGAAAGGGAACUGGGAUGCCAGGUGGAGCAGUUCCUGCAGAAGCUGGGCAGAAAGGCUGUGGACACGUGUCUAGAUCUGAGUAACUGCGGGCUAACAACAGCGGACGUGAGGGAGAUGGUUGCUUUGCUGCCUUUUCUCCCGGACCUAGAAACACUGGACAUUUCCUGGAAUGAUUUUGUGGGUGGAACCCUCCAUUCAGUCACUGAGCAAAUGCAUCUUGUCAGCAAGUUAAAAAGCCUGAGGCUGGGUAGCUGCAGACUUACCACCGAUGAUGUGCGAGCACUGGGAGCAGCGCUUAAAGCGAUACCUGACCUUGAGGAGCUGACUUUGUCCUGGAACAGUAAAGUGGGAGGAAACUUGCCUCUGAUCCUGCAGAAGUUCCAAGCCGGGAGCAAGAUCCGAACGCUGGAGCUGGUGGACUGCGCCCUCACGUCAGAAGACGGGGCAUUUGUGGGUCAGUUGCUACCUAUGCUGCCAAGUCUUGAAGUACUUGAUCUUUCCAUUAACAGAAACAUCGGUGGCAGUCUAAGCAGUAUCGCUCAGGGGUUAAAAAGUGCCUCAAAUCUGAAAGUACUGAAGUUACAGUCAUGUGGGUUAUCACAAAAGAGUGUCAAACUAUUGGAUGCUGCUUUUAGACACCUGAGUGAGCUGAGGACACUCGACCUUUCCUGCAACAAGGAGCUGGGUGGAGGUUUUGAGGACUCGCCAGCUCAGGUGGCCACGCUGGAGCGUCUGGAAGUCCUGGACCUGCACCAGUGCUCACUAACAGCCGGCGACGUGGUGUCGCUGACCCAGGUUAUCCCUUUGCUCUCGAGUCUUCACGAAUUGGAUUUGUCUGCCAACAAAGAGAUGGGCAGCUCUUCUGAAAACCUACUCAGCAGGCUCCGAUUUUUACCGGCACUGAAGUCACUGCUCAUCAACAACUGUGCUUUGGAAAGGGAGACUUUUGCCGCCCUCGCUGAAGCCUCCGUCCACCUCCCUGCCCUGGAAGUACUCAGCCUUUCUUGGAACAAGUGUGUUGGUGGCAACCUGACGCUGCUUCUGGAAACGCUAAAGCUUUCCACGUCCCUCCAAGUGCUGAGGCUGAGCAGCUGUUCCCUGGUGACAGAGGACGUGGCUCUCCUGGCAUCGGUAAUACACACGGGUCAUCUGGCCAGGCUGCAGAAGCUCGACCUGAGCUAUAAUGACAGCAUCUGCGAUGCAGGAUGGGCCAUCUUCUGCCAAAACGUGUGGCUCCUCAGAGAGUUAACGGAGCUGGAUAUUAGCCUUCGGCCAUCAACUUUUCGGGAUUGUGGACAAUGGUUUAGACACUUGUUAUGUGCUGUGACCAGACUUCCGGCGAUCACUGACAUAGGAAUGAAAAGGUGGCUCCUCCCAGCUUCACUGGAGGAAGAGCUAAAACGCUUGGACCAAGAUCGCCGCAGCAGCAUUCACUUUGACCAUGGCGGGCAUCAGUAAGCUGGUUUCCCAAGGUCAUGUAUAUGAUUCCAUGUAUAUAACAUUCUUGAAAUAACAAAAUUAUAGAGACAGAGAACAGCUCGGGGAUUGAGAAAGGGGUAGGUGGUAGAUGUGACUAAAAGGAAUAACACAGUAAAGACGUGUGGUGAUGGAACAAUUUUGUAUCUUGAUUGUGGUGGUGGCUACAUGAAGCUACAUGAGACAAAACUGCAUUGAAAAAAAAAACAACAACUGCAUUGACCCCCACCCCAACACACACACACACACACACACACACACACACGUGAGUGUAUGUGUAACUGAUGGAAUCUGAAUAAGUUCUCCUGAUGGUACCAAUGUAGAUUUUCUGGUUUUGUUAUUGUAUUCUAGUUAUGCAAGAUGUCAACACUAAGGGAGGGUAAAGGGUACAUGGGCCUCUUUGUACAUUUCUUUGGAACUUCCUAUCCUAUAUAAUAAAAGCCUAAUAUGCUAAGUG